AUGAACUUUAUUGACGCGGCUCAAGUUGCUCAAAAGGUCAUUCAAGGUGUAUAUCAAGGUGUCACUACUGUAGAAUUGGAUAAUCUCGCUGCUGAAACCGCUGCUUACCUGACCACCAAACACCCAGACUAUGCCAUCCUCGCCGCCCGAAUCGCCAUUUCUAAUCUCCACAAGGAAACUAAAAAGGCAUUCUCCGCAGUCGUCCAUGACUUGUAUACCUACAUAAACCCAAAAAAUGACAAACCAUCUCCUAUGAUUUCGAAAGAAACAUACGAUGCUGUCAUGGAAAACAGUGCUUUACUCGACUCGGCAAUCAUCUAUGAUCGUGACUUCUCAUACAACUAUUUUGGUUUCAAGACUCUGGAACGUUCGUACCUCCUCAGAUUAAACGGUGAGGUUGCUGAACGCCCACAACAUAUGCUGAUGCGUGUUGCUGUCGGCAUCCACGGCCACGAUGUAGAAGCUGCUAUCGAAACAUAUAAUAUGAUGUCGGAACGUCUCUUUACUCAUGCUUCACCUACUCUCUUCAAUGCUGGAACACCACAUCCGCAACUGUCUUCUUGCUUUUUGAUUACAAUGAAGGAUGACUCUAUUGAAGGCAUCUAUGAAACGCUAAAGACUUGUGCAAUGAUUUCGAAGACUGCUGGUGGUAUUGGUCUCAACAUCCACAAGAUUCGAUCUUUGGGGUCGUAUAUUGCUGGUACCAAUGGUUACUCUAAUGGAAUCAUCCCCAUGCUUCGAGUAUUCAACAAUACUGCGAGGUAUGUUGAUCAAGGUGGUAAUAAACGACCUGGUGCUUUUGCCAUCUACUUGGAGCCUUGGCAUGCUGAUAUCAUGGACUUUUUGGACUUGCGAAAGAACACUGGCAAGGAAGAAAGUCGUGCUCGAGACUUGUUUUAUGGUCUUUGGAUCCCAGACUUGUUCAUGAAGCGUGUAGAAUCCAACGGUGAUUGGUCCUUGUUUUGUCCUGCUGAAGCUGCUGGUCUUGAAGAUGUUUGGGGUGAAGAAUUCGAGGCUUUGUAUGAACAAUAUGAACGUGGUGGUAAAGCUCGCAAAGUCAUGAAGGCACAAAAGCUCUGGUAUGCCAUCUUGGAAGCUCAAACGGAAACUGGAAAUCCAUACAUGUGCUACAAAGAUGCUUGUAAUCGAAAGUCCAACCAGCAAAACUUGGGUACCAUCAAGUGCUCCAACCUCUGUACAGAAAUUGUAGAAUACUCCGCACCAGACGAAGUCGCUGUUUGUAACUUGGCAUCUAUUGCUCUACCAACGUUUGUUGUCAAUAAGCAGACCUUCGAUUUUGAAAAGCUUCGACAGGUUACUCACACGGUGACACGUAAUCUGAACAAGAUUAUAGAAGUCAACUACUAUCCAGUUCCAGAAGCUCGCAAAUCCAACUUUAGGCAUCGUCCUAUUGGUAUUGGUGUCCAAGGCCUGGCUGAUGCCUUCAUCAAGAUGAGAAUGCCGUUUGAAUCAGACCGAGCCAAGGAACUCAAUUCACGAGUUUUCGAAACCAUAUACUUUGCAGCACUUGAAGCAUCAUGUGAAUUGGCCGAAAAAUACGGAACAUAUGAAACAUAUCCGGGAUCACCCGUGUCCAAGGGUAUCUUGCAACAUGAUAUGUGGAAUGUUAAAGGUUCUGAUAUGUGGGAUUGGGCUGGUUUGCGGGAAAAGAUUGCCAAGCAUGGUAUCCGUAACUCGUUGUUGUUGGCUCCCAUGCCUACUGCUUCUACCUCUCAAAUCUUGGGUAACAAUGAAUGCUUUGAACCAUAUACUUCCAAUAUCUAUACUCGUCGUGUCUUGGCUGGUGAAUUCCAGAUUGUCAAUCCACAUUUACUCAAAGAUUUGACUGAAUUGGGUUUGUGGAAUGAAGGAAUGAAGAAUCGAAUCAUUGCCGAGAAUGGUUCAAUUCAACGUAUUGCGUCCAUUCCUCAAGAACUCAAAGGAAUUUAUAAGACUGUUUGGGAGAUUUCUCAAAAGAUUAUCAUUGAUAUGGCUGCUGAUCGUGGUGCAUUUAUCGAUCAAUCCCAAUCACUCAAUAUUCAUAUGGCAGAUCCCAACUAUGGUCGUCUGACAUCCAUGCAUUUCCACGGAUGGAAGUCUGGACUCAAGACUGGAAUGUACUAUUUACGAACACGACCAGCAGCAGAUGCCAUCAAGUUUACAGUAGAUCAAUUGGCACUUAAGGCAGAUGAAGCAGCAGCACUACAAUCAUCACCAAGUCAUAAGAAGCCACGACAAGAAAUAGCAUCUAUUGUACCCGUUCCAGCCGCAGCAGCAGCCAUGGCAUCACCAGCAGAACCCAUCUCUGUCCCCAGUCCCUCAUUGACUGAAGCUACAUUGGAUGGUGAGGCAGAGAGUGCUGAACCAUUUGAUGCUAGUAGUAACUUGGAGGAGGAUGAAAUGCAGAAACGUAUAUUAGAGUCUGUGCGUGAUAAGAAUAUGGAGGCUAUGAUGUGUUCUUUGGAGAACAAGGACGCAUGUUUGUCUUGUGGUAGUUAA